AUGGGCAUGAGAACAGACGGAGAUUCGAGUAAGAAGAUGGGAAGUGCUAUUUUGAUUGUAUUCCUUGUAUCUGCUAUGUUUCAUGAGGUUCCUUUUAUUAUCAUAACAAAUUACUUGCAAGACAAGUUCAAAAAUUCGAUGGAAAUUCUUCUCAAACUUCUAGAUGAUAUUGGUAUCCUUACCAAUAAGAUACGCAAAGGAAGUGAUGAACAACUAAAAGAACGUAUAUACAAAAGUCUCAAUGGCCAGAGAUACCUAAUUGUAAUGGACGAUGUGUGGAGUACAAAUGCUUGGAAUGACAUACAAAUGUUAUUUCCCGACGACAAUAACGAGAGUCGAAUCCUAUUGACGACCAGACAAACAGAUGUUGCUGAUUAUGCCAGUUCAACUAACAAUCAUCACCUGAUGGAUUUUCUAACGGAAGAAGAAAGUUGGAAUUUAUUUUGUCAAAAGGUCUUUGGAGAAGAAUAUUGCCCUCCUGAGUUGGUGAAUGUCGAAAGGAAUAUAUCAAAAAAUUGUCAAGGACUUCCAUUAUCAUUUGUGGUGGUUGCUGGACUCCUUGCAGAGGAAAAUAAGCAACUACAUCACUGGAAGUAUGUUGCCGAAAAUUUAAGCUCAAUUAUAGCUAAAAAAAAGGAUCACUACUCAGAGAUAUUAACUUUAAGUUACAAUAACUUGCCUCAUCGUUUGAAACCAUGUUUUCUUUACAUGGGAGCUUUCCCAGAAAACUAUGAGAUUCCUGUCUCUAGACUCAUCAAAUUAUGGGUGGCUGAGGGAUUUGCAUACCCAUCUGAAGCUGAGAAAUAUCUGAUGAUCUUAUGGGUAGAAAUCUUAUUUUGGUCGGUCAAAAGGAUCCGUUAA